AUGUAUCCGUUCGGUCCCCGUUUGUUACAUUCGAGUGUUCACCUCCGACCUGACAAUAUGAAACUGAUCCUGAUCUCCGCUCUUUUCGGCUUCGCCGCCGCGGCGUACGCCCCAUCAGCCUACCCUGAACAGUCCAACCGCCCUCAGGCCUCCUUCGAGAAGAAUGCUAGAAUCAUAGCGCUGGACUCCGACGUGAAAGAAGAUUCCUUCAGAUACAACUACGAAACCGAGAAUGGCAUCAAGGCUGAGGAACAGGGCCGUGAGGCUGACGGUAUCGAGGCUCAAGGUGGCUUCCAGUACACCGGUGAUGAUGGCCAGGUCUACUCCAUCAGCUACGCCGCUGGUCAGGGUGGUUUCCAACCCCAGGGUGCUCACAUCCCCACCCCUCCCCCAGUACCUGAAGAGAUCCUGAAGGCUCUGGAGCAGAACGCUCGUGAUGAGGCCGCUGGCAUCAUUGAUGAUGGUCAGUACAACCCUGGCAAAUACGGUGACGCUGCCAGCGCUGGUGCCGCCUACCAACAACCCCAGUUCGCGAGAGCACAGGCUGGAUACAGACAAACUUACAAAUACUAAGCACGACCAUAACAUAUCAGUAUUUAGCUAUAUUUCAUUUUAUUAAACAAAAAAAUAUAAGUAGAGCAACUUUUGUGCCAUUUGCAUUGCACACACACCUGUAACGUAACAAUUUAAUUGGUGUUCGCAUUUCAAAAAUGUGAAGGUCAAACACGCACACUGGUAACACAGUGAAGCAAUUUGACGAUAAAACAAAUGCAAAAUGAGAUGACAUGAAAAAUGCUUUACUUAAUUUUCAUGAGGCUUUUCUGUAAGUACAUUUUGUGAAGUUUUUAAUUGUGAUAUUUGAAUUUAAAUGUUUGAUUUUCUUACUGUAUUUCUUGUUUAACAAAAUAUGCUUACAGAUACUAAAAUUAAAAUGGAUAUCAAUAAAAAUGGAGUAUGAUAAUAGGAAAGUGUCGUAGUAUGUGUAAUCUGAUAUAGUCAUAAUGGUUACCAGUGAGUUGUGAAGGAUGCGACUUAUUUAUUCUAUGAAUAAAAACUUAUACUUUUUUCUAUAAUUUA